CAAUCCCGCCCGCAAACCGCCCGCUGAUAUCAAAGCUCACUCUGCUCACCGAGUCUGCUUGCACGCGCCCAGCUGUCGACCUUUCGUUUUCGCUCCUCAACGGCAAACACUCCAACCAAACCCUACGAUCCCAUUUCGACAAGAAGUUGUUUGGGUUCUUUUCCGUUGUACAAAAAAACAAAUUUUUUUUUUCAAACGAGAAAGAAAAAGACACCAGGGGGGAAAUGGCGGAAUCUACAUUGCAGGACCGCCUGCGCGAGCACUCAAAGGCCUUUGAUGGUCUUUUGUCCCUCAUCCCGGCCAAGAUGUACUAUGGAGAAGACAACUCUGACCAAUGGAAGAAGACGAAGCAGACAAAAGCCGAAGCCAAAGCGGCCAAGAUCUCUAAGCUGGACCCCGAUAGCGAGCUGAACCGCAACGCAAAGGAGGUCAUGGAUGAGCGCGCAGCGCGCAACAAGCGCAAGCUGCAGGAGAUGCAGGAGGAGGAGGAUAGGCAAGAGGCUGCCGGCGAUGACGAGGGCAUCCCCGGCGUGCAGAGGGAGCUGCCCGGCCAGGGCCUCCGCAACAAGGACUAUAAGAAGCAGAAGACGGCCGACCCUCUCGACACUGUUGAGGACGCCAAUCCAGCCGAGAUGUCGCAAAAUCAGCUCAUGAGACUCGCGAGGAAGGAGGCCAAGAAGGAAAAGCGCGCCGAUAAGAAGGCGAAGAAGGCCGAGAAGAAGGCUGCUAAGAUGGAAACCGGUGAAUCUGCCGCCCCCGUCGCCGCCGUCGGUGACGCUGCCGCCCAAGUGUCCGAGGUCAAGGCGUCCAGCAAGCCGGCGGAGGAGGCUAAGACCUCAGCAAAGUCCCCCGUCGCUGCCGCCAAGAAGGGGUCCAAGAAGGAGUCAAAGAAGCAACAGAAGAAGGCCGAGCCCAAAGACGCCAAGCCCGCCAGCAAUGACCAUAAUAGGGACGGCGACAAGGACGACGAGGAGUACGAGACCGUCGACGAAGAGUCCGAUGACGAGGGCUACGCUGCAACGGCGGACCUCAACCCUCUCGACCUCUCCGGUCUGAAGCCCACCGAGUCCAGCAGCGGCGCCUCGAGCCCGACCUCGACACCAGACUCCACCUUUGACACCGCCACGGGGGCAACCGCCGCCUCCGCUGAGGCCACGAGCGCGACGACCUCGACGAGCUCCACGGUCCCGCCCUCCGAGAAGCCGAAGCACAUCAAGCUCCCCGCCGACACCUCGGCUCUCCGCGCCCGGCUCGCAGCGCGGAUAGAAGCCCUCCGUGCGGCCCGCAAGGCCGACGGCCCGGACGGCAAACCGAUUCGCACACGCCAGGAGCUCAUCGAGGCGCGCCGCGCUAAGCAGGCCCAGCGCAAGGAGCACAAGAAGGAGCUCCGCACCAAGGCGCGUCUCGAGGAGGAGGCCAAGCGCGAGGAGGCGCUGGUGCUCAACUCGCCCAGCGUCAUGUCGCCGCGCGUCGGCCUCGGCGACGACGACGAGCCGGCCAACUUCGCCUUCGGCCGCGUCGCGUUCGACGACGGCACCAAGCUCUCGCACGACCUGUCGCACGCGCUCAACACGCACAAGAAGCGCGGGCCGUCGGACCCCAAGACGGCGCUCAUCAAGAUCCAGAACCAGAAGAAGCGGCUCGCGGCGCUCGACAAGGAGAAGCAGGCCGACAUCGCCGAGAAGGAGCAGUGGCUGACAGCGCGGAAGCGGGCCGAGGGCGAGCGCAUCCGCGACGACGAGCAGGCGCUCAAGAAGGCCGUCAAGCGCAAGGACCAGACCAAGAAGAAGAGCGAGAAGGCGUGGAAGGAGCGCAGCGAUGGCGUCGCCAAGGCGAUCCGCGAGAAGCAGAAGAAGCGCGACGACAACAUCAAGAAGCGCAAGGACGAGAAGCUCGCGCACAAGCUCGGCCGCAAGAGCGGGAAGAAGGUCGGCAGCGGGCCCAAGAAGGCGAGGCCCGGGUUCGAGGGAAGUUUCGGCGGUGGCAAGAAGAAGAAAUAAAAGCCGCGUUCGCCCAGAUUCCCCCCUCCCCCUCUCCUCCCGGUGAAAGAUCACCGAGACUCGUGAGGAACAGAGAGGGGAGGAUGGGAAGGGGGAGACAGAGAGAGAGAGUUGGGACGUGUUGAUGGAGGACGCGAGACGCACAACAAUAACAACAAACAAAUCUUAAUCGAUACCCCCCCGCCCCCGGGUGGUGAAAGGAGAAGGAAGGAAAAGGGUCUUCGAGAGGAAACCAAAGGUGGUUGUUGCAUCAUCUGCUACGUACGGAUAGGGGGGGAAACUCAGGCGUUCAUGGGGGCAAAAUGACUGUAAACCUUUUUUUUCCUUCUUCUGUUUUACACAUCCAAAAAACGGGGGAGGGGAAUGGCGGCGUAGGAGGGAACCCGUGAAUACAUAUUUCAAUCGUUCUAGCCAUGACAUGACCAGCCUCUCGCCGUCUCUUUCGUUCGCGGCCACGCGCCACC